AUGGCUACAACCAGGUAUGAAAUCGAGAAGUUCGAUGGAAAGACAAACUUCGAUUUAUGGAAAGCUAAGAUCAAGACUGUAUUGGGACAGCAGAAGGCACUUUUGGCCAUCACAAACCCAGCGAAAUACCCAGAAACACUCACAGAUACAGAAAAAAAGACAAUAGAGGUAAAUGCCUAUGGAACUAUUGUCUUGAAUGUUAUAGAUAGUGUUUUAAGGCAGAUAGUUGACCAGACUACUGCUUAUGAUCUCUAUAACAAAUUAAAUGAGACUUAUCUCAACAAAGAUUUGUCUAAUAAAGCUUUAUUGAGGGAAAUAUUUUUCAUAUAUAAGAUGAAUGUUGUAAAAUUCCUCACUGAAAAUUUGAACGAAUCAAAGAGACUAUCAUCAGAAUUUAGAUCAAUAAGAGACAACAUUGGGGAAGAAAAUGAAGCCUUUAUCUUACUUAACUCCCUACCAGACUCGUUUAAGGAUGUCAAAACAGUAAUGAAGUAUGAUAGAGAAAGAAUCACUAUAGAAGCAAUUAUUUCAGCAAUCAGAGUUAGAAAACUAGAAUUAUAG